GAGGUACGGUCUCAAACUGUACGAAACCGGAAACACCGGUGUUUACUUCCUUGGUUCCUUUCCAACGGAAAGCAGCAAGGUGAGCAAUUCAUUACAACAAAUGAUUGCCGUAGCUCGGAGACCGUCUGUCCCGACGGGCAAAGUCGUUAUUAACAAAAAUUCCCACGACUUACAAAAGGAAAAAUGUGGAGAGGGCUAAAUGUGUGUAAAUGAAGCCGCCAGACAAUUUGGAAUACCCAAAACAACGCUAAAAGAUAGGAUUAAGAAGGACGACGCAAUAAAACAAAACAGGUUCAAAAAGUGUUUCUUCGUUAACAUCAAGUGAGAAGGGCAAAACAAUUUCGGUUCUAGCGUGCUGCCAUGCAGAGGGAAUGUUUCUCCCACCUUACUCGAUAUUUAAAGGUAAAAAUAGAAAAGAGGAGUUUUUAGAAGGAAUGCCACCUGGCUACCAAAUUUCUAAGUCGGAGAAAUCGGCGUAUAUGAACGCUUCCAUUUUCAAGGAUUGGUUUAAUUUUUUUGCCAAGAAAACCAGCUGGAAAAGUGUGGCCAUACUUCUCAUACCAAUUCUGUGGAAAUAUUGGAACUUUGUGAAGCUAAUGACAUAAUGCUACUUUGUUUACCGAGUCACACGACUCAUUAUCUACAACCGUUGGAUAGGUCCUUUUUUAAAUCUCUGAAAAAUCAUUACUACGCGGCUUGUAACAAUUUUUUAAAAGCAAAUCCAAGUAGGAAAAUAACAAGGAUACUUUUUGGAAAUCUUUUGGGACAAGCCUGAGGCAAAUCAGCGAUUGUGGAAAAUGAGAUGUCUGGUUUUAGUGUAACAGGCAUUGCACCCUUUAACCCAGAAGUUAUUCCAGAUUACGCUUAUAUUAAUAUUCAAAUGGAACAAGAUGCAGAGACCAGGUCUGGUUCAAAUAGUAACGCUAAAAAUCCAUCCUCUGCUUCGACUCCGCCCCGGUCCCCUACUGCUCGGGCCACUAAUACCCGCAUCACUGCCUGGUGGUUCGCACGAUCCUGACAGUGCAAUAGUUGAGAUUUACCCCACACUCAACUCUACACCAGCAAAUUUGUUGGAGAACGUGAUUUCGCCAAUUCCAAAAACUAGCGCAAAAGCAGCAGUUAAAACACGAGGUAGAUAGUUUGCGACUAUUUUAAACAGUUCACAACGCAUUGAGUUUCGGAAGGAUAAAAAGAAUACAAAGAAAAAAACAAAUGUCCAAUUCAGAAAAAAAAUGUAGUUAAACAGAAAAAACCAUUAGAAUAUACAGAUUCGGAGGACUAUUACUAAUGCGUAGGAUGUGGGGAAAACUAUUUUGAAACCAAUAAGAAUGAAGAAUGGCUCAAAUGUGUGAACUGUAGUCGUUGGUUCCAUAAUGGAUGCUCAAAAUUCGAGAAUAUUUGCGAGAUAUGCGGAAAAAUGAAAAAGAAAAGUCGAAAAAAUUAAAUUUAUUUAUACGCUAUAAUUCUACGUUUAUUAUUAUACUGUUCUAAUAUGUUUUGUUAUUUUAUGUUUUGUUAUUUUUCGAAGUCGAUCUCACCCGUAGUUGAUGGUCGGUCUAACCCGGACAUCCGGGCGAGAUCGACCAGUUACAAUGUUUGAACUUUUAGUUCAAAAUAAAUAUUUGUG